CCCUGCCGUCGGCACGGGGGACGGAGCUCCCUUCCCGGGGCGGGCGGUGGCAUGAGCGCGUGGAGCUGAGGGGCAGCAGCGCGGAGAGCGGCGAGCGCGCCCAGCCAUGUCGUUCGCCAUGCUGCGCUCGGCCCCCAGCCGGUACCUGUACCCCGAGAUCAGCAUGCUGUCUGAGGACGAGGAGAACGGCAGCGAGAGCUCGGGCUCCGACGAGAAGCCCUACCACCUGGACGCCGACGGCUACAGCCUCAAGGGCGCCAAGCGCCGCGGCGGCAAGAACCUCAAGGGCGCCAAGCGCCGCGGCGGCAAGAAGUCCAGCCGGCUGAGCCGGGAGCCCCGGCAGCGGCACACCGCCAACGCCCGGGAGCGAGACCGAACCAACAGCGUCAACACCGCCUUCACCGCCCUGCGGACGCUCAUCCCCACCGAGCCGGCCGACAGGAAGCUGUCCAAGAUCGAGACGCUGCGGCUGAGUAAAGACCGAGACAGGAAGACGGCGAUUCGGAGCUAG